UUUUAGGACAAGAAGAGGAAAGCGGAUGUGUCUUUGUUUCUCUUAUAGGUGUGGGGUUUUGAAGGACAUAACAGAUGAACAAGGAAAGCUACUUGUGCUCCUUCCACAAAAUGGCCCUUGGGAAUCAAUUGAUCAUCGCCCAUUAAAUUUCUCUCCUUUUUCUGUAUAAAUAUUUAUAUUUGUGUGUGUGUGCAUACAUAUCUGUUUGUACAUACAAGCAGUUCCUGCUUCUUACCUCCCCCGCUGGCCUCUCCUCGGUGAUUUCUUCUCCACAAACUCCCCGAUUAGGUUUUCCUUUUGGUUGUCGGAAAGGGUUUCGGGAAGAAGAUGGUGAGGGGGAAGACGCAGAUGAAGCGAAUAGAGAACGCCACGAGCAGGCAAGUGACGUUUUCGAAGAGAAGAAACGGGCUUCUCAAGAAGGCCUUCGAGCUCUCAGUUCUUUGCGACGCCGAGGUUUCUCUCAUCAUUUUCUCCCCCAAAGGCAAGCUCUAUGAAUUCGCCAGCGCCAACAUGCAGGAAACUAUUCAACGCUACCUGAGGCAUACCAAAGAUCGAAUCAGCAACAAGCCACCAUCUGAAGAAAACAUGCAGCAUUUGAAGCAUGAGGCGGCUAACAUGAUGAGAAAGAUUGAACAACUUGAAACUGCAAAACGGAAACUCCUGGGAGAAGGCAUAGGAUCAUCCUCAAUCGAGGAGCUUCAGCAAAUUGAACAGCAGCUCGAGAAAAGUGUGAAAACCAUUCGAGCAAGGAAGACUCAGGUGUUCAAAGAACAAAUUGAGCAGCUCAGACAAAAGGAGAAAGCCCUUGCAGCAGAAAACGAGAGGCUCUCCAAGAAGUGGGAAGUUGAGGAGGGUCAAGCCGGGUUGGAUAAGCAGCCGCAGAUAACUGCAAGAGCCGAGGAGAGUAGCCCAAACUCGGACGUAGAGACAGAAUUGUUCAUCGGCUUGCCUUGUUCUUCAAGAAAGUGAAACCCCCCCCCCUCCAACUUCUCCAUUUGAUUAUACAGCGAAUCGAGAGAAAUCUUGAAAGCAAUAAACAGAUUUAGCGGUAAUGUGCAGUUAAGCUGCUCCUUGCUGCUUUUUCUUAAUUGUUCCCUUCUUCUCGUUUGGACAUUUGCCUUGUUAUAUACCAACAGAGAACAAAUACCGCUACUGCUCAGCUUGUAUUACCUUUCUAAUUAACUCCGGAGUUGACCGCUCUCGGCUGUUUCCUUUA